GCAUAUGACAAUGGUAAUGGGAUCUCAAAAGAAGAAUAUUGGUCUAGAAUAGUGAAUAUCUCUAUGGAAGUAAUAGAAAGACUUCGUGAUAAAAUUGUGGAGGACGUACUCAAAGAGAUCAUAAAUGAUAUUUUACAGAUAGACCUUAAUGGGAUGAUUAAAACUGCUGUAUGGAAGCCCGAUAAAAAUAACAAGAAACCAGGCAAACGCUUUGAGUAUAUUGUAAUUAAGAAUGAUUCAUCACAGAGGGUAGGCGAUAAAAUGGAGUAUCCAGAAGUAGUGAGGCGAUUAGGUAAAAAGAUUGAUAUCAGCUAUUAUCUGAAAACUAUUGUCGGUCUCUGUGCACGAUUUAUUAACUAUGAUGAAAGUUUCCAACAAUCAUAUGAAAUUGUACUGAGAGCCUUAAAAAUUUAA